GUCGUUGCUAGUAACAUGUUUUGAGUCAAGUGUAGGGUGGAUCAUAAACUUUGCCUAAUUACUCAAGUAUGUUUAAACGUCACGCAGUUGCCCUUGUAAAAACGAUGUAAUGUUCAGAUUUCCUUACAUUACUUCCUCUUUUGUUUGAUGAAGAUAUGACUUCCUGUAAGUGACAAGUCUCUUGAGCAGGCUGUAGUGAGUGACAUCUGUACACUUUACUAAAUUAUACAUUGGCUCUAUUUCAUGCAUUAUAACCGUUUUCCCCAGCUUAUGACAUUUCACAGAGUAAGAAUGCAUAGGCAAAUAAAUCUCAUCUGUGCCUGGCAAUGUCAGACGCAAGUGUGUUAAAAACAACCAAAUAUAUUGCAUGCCAAAUGCAGCUGUUUGUGCAGGUGUUUGAAAAAGUUAUGAUAUGCUUAGUAUAAUGGCACCUGGAUGAGCUGGUAAAGUUCUGUGCCCACAGGUGCAGAGCGCGGGAAAUUAUUUACUGGCAGGCUGCGUUGUUUGUGGUCAGGUUCUGUGAAAGACGCAUGAUGUUGUUUCUGCAGGUGUUUCGAGGCCAUUGUCUUCUUCUUAUGCAUCUUCAAUGCUGGAGUUUUAAUAAAUAAUAAGAUGACAUGCUUUUUACUCUAAUCAUUUUGAAUAUUUUGAAAUGAAUGAUAUUCAAAUCUCUGACGUCAUUUUGCUGCUCUGUGCAGUGGGAGAGCCCGGUGUUCAGAUCUUCGAGCAGCCAAAACAGAGAGGCAUGCGCUUCAGGUACAAAUGUGAGGGCCGUUCAGCAGGCAGCAUACCUGGAGAAAGAAGCUCAGACAAUAACAGGACCUACCCAAGCAUUCAGAUUCUAAAUGUUACCGUGAAAGGAAAAGUACGUGUUACCCUGGUGACCAAAAGUGAGCCAUAUAAACCGCAUCCCCAUGACUUGGUGGGUAAGGACUGCAAGGAUGGAUAUUAUGAGGCAGAAUUUGGACCUGAACGAAGAGUCAUCGCGUUUCAGAAUCUGGGUAUCCAGUGUGUGCGAAGAAGAGAAGUGAGAGAUGCCAUAAUGCAGAGGAUUGCGCGAAGAAUCAACCCCUUCAAUGUUCCCCGGGAACAGCUGCUGCAGACUGAGGAAUAUGAUCUGAACGUGGUGCGUCUUUGCUUCCAAGUUUUCCUGCAAGAUGAGACUGGCAUGUACAACACGGCACUGCCUCCCAUCGUCUCCAACCCAAUCUAUGACAACAGGGCCCCGAAUACAGCCGAACUGCGAAUCUGCCGGGUGAACAAGAACAGUGGCAGUGUGAAGGGAGGUGAUGAGAUCUUCCUCCUCUGCGAUAAAGUGCAGAAAGAUGACAUUGAGGUGAGGUUCUUCACUCAGACCUGGGAGGCCAAAGGCUCCUUCUCUCAGGCAGACGUACACAGGCAAGUGGCCAUAGUGUUCAAGACACCCGCCUACUGUGACACCACCAUCACAGCCCCUGUCACAGUGCGCAUGCAGCUGCGCCGGCCCACAGACCAGGAGGUCAGUGAGCCCAUGGAGUUCCGCUAUCUGCCCGAUGACAAAGAUCCAUAUGGCUGUCAAGAGAAGAAACGUAAAAUUGAAAGCCAGAUGAAAUCCUUCUCUGGCUUCUCCCAAGGAGCCAUGAGCUUCAUGAACAGACCAAAAGCAGUGCCUUCAACAGGUUUGAUGAACCAGAGAAUCAAAAUGGAGCCAACAAAUUAUUAUCGUCCAUCAAACCAUGGGGUGAUGCGCCAAAAUCCAACAGGCUAUUAUAACAAAGUCCCUCAGUCCUGCCCCAUGAUGCCACCCCUAACAGAAACCCCACCAUCAGGAACACACAGUCAAGCAUGGUCCAGUCCAAUCGCCAACACCACCAGUAAUGGAGUGGGCCUUCAGCAGGUGAACCCAAGUCCCAGCAUGCCCACCACAGGGGAAAGUGGAAACAGCCUUCCUCUACUGACCGAUAGGGAUCUGGAGUUUCUUCACUCUAAUGGCCCAACCAGCAGCCAGCCUCGACAGGACCAACGGAACCAGCAGAACCAGCAGGUCCAGCAAUGCCAACAGCCACCUCAAAGGCAAGGAGUAGAAGGAGCCCAUAACUGGUAUAACUAUGGCCAACAACAGCCUCAAAGCACCCAGAAUGGGGCAACGUGCACCGGUGGGUCAAUGGGAACAGGCUACUUGUAUACAGGCAACAUAGAUGAUGAUUUAUUUCAAAACCUCAUCGGCAAUCAUCAGCCACUGAAACAGGAAGCUCAAGGGUCAAGCAACAUGGCUGUGCUGGGGCCCAGCUCGGACUGUGCGCAGUCCUUUACCGCGCUCCUGAACUCCACCACCCCCAAUGGAAGUACCGCAGAGACCAUGAGACAAAUGGAAGCUAGUGGGCCCAAUCAGAGGGUCUCGCAGAUUUCCUACCCUGCCAGCGGCAUGGGGCAGGAGAGCCAUCUUGAUUCUUUCACCUGGCAGUACUUCCCCGAAUAGAGACGAAUUCCAUAAGUGUUCAAGAUGUUCAUGAUUUUGUUCUUUAAAUGUAGACUCAGAUUCAUGUUCACUGAAUGUAUUUUCUGAAAAUCAGAAGGGCUCGUUGUCCUGGAAAUACUGUAAGAUGCUGCGACCAAUUAGGUAAAGCAGUGAGAUUUUAUGAAAUGUUUAUGUACAUAAGUCUAAUGGUCAUAUUGGAGAAGUUUGGGACCAAUUGUCCUCAAACGCUCACUUGUGACAAGUUAAUUGUGUUCCUUAAAUUGGGAACUAGCAGGGAAUUGUCCCUGGGUAAUGGCUAUGUCAUUUUAAACAUGCUUCUUAUCCUAGGUUCUCAAAUGUAGUUUAAACAAAGGUUUUUGUUCUGUUUUUACUUUAUUCAACAUACACAAGCUUUUACAUAGCAUUUUCUAUGGGGUUUUUAGUUUUUUAUACAACUGAACAUGGAUUUUGUGAUUUCUUAUAUGCCAUGUUUGAUACAUUCUGAGCUGAUUUGUGGCUACAUUACUGAUAUGUGGAGAUGGCCAAUGCUUGUUUUCAUUCAUACUGGUAAUUUGAAUGCAUCAUCUGUUUCUGUUUCACAUUCCAAAGUUCAGGUAAAUAAAGGAUUGAACUCUCUAA